UGCCGAAGUUGAUAUCGUCGCUGCCAGAUAUAAAAGCUUUGCUCCUCAAAAUGCACUAAAUUUGCUCUCUCGAAAAGUUUUGCUUUUUCUCCUUUGCAAAUUAGGAUUAGGAAAUAUUGGUGAAAUUUGCAUGAUAAUGAAGGAUUUUUCUUGAAUCAAAAAUAAUGGAUUUUUCUGAAAACCCCCUCUUGACCUCUCAAAUUGCCCCCACUGAGGGGUCGUUUGAUUUGCGUCAAUCUCCGAAAGUUGAAGCAAGACGGGUAGAAGAAUUAAAUCUACACGAUGAUGCGUUGCACGUGACGCUUCUUGCCGGAGGAGUUGCAUUGCUUCUACUUUUACCAUUGGCAUACACACUUUACCGGUGCAGAAGGCGCAGUUCUGUCUAUGAAGACAUUCCAGAAAACAGCAUUAACAGAAAGAGGGCAUCAAGAUGUUCUCAAGCAUCGAUAUUCAGCGCCACUCAAUCCAGACCUAUCGACUUUGUACUUCCGAGCAUCCCUCCUGCUCUUGCAGCCAUGGCUAGCCCAGCAGCAGCUGAUACAGUCUCUUUAUCCUCCAGUGAAUCAUCCGACAUACCUUUAUGGGCUAGAUUGGCACUCCUUGAGCCAGGUCCAACUUUAUUAGGAGGCUUGAAUCCAGAGCUGUAUCGCAUCAGUGUGGAAAAGCCUGAAGAAGAAGUUGUCUUUCCCGAUGGUCACGUGGGUAGAGUAUGGAUCGGUCUGCAAUAUGACUCAACCAGUGAACGCUUGUUGGUGUCUCUUAUCAAAGUCAAGAAUUUACCUUCCAGAGUUUAUGGAUGCAAUAAUUGCUGUGAUCCAUUUGUUAGAGUAUUUGUUCUUCCCGAUGAAAGGAGAUAUGGCCAAUCAAAAAUAAAGAAAAAAACGUGCAAUCCAAAAUUUGAUGAAAAUUUUAUAUUUCAGAUGCCAUCAAAAAAUCUGGAUGAACGAAUAGUGAAAGUAACUAUAUUAGACAAUGACCGUGGAAAAAGACACGUUGUGAUUGGACAUUGUGUCUUUCCGCUCAAAGAAUUCGAGCUCUCCACCAAUGAGAUGGCCGUUCAGUGGAAGGAUCUAAUUAAAGACGUCGAAGAUGUUGUAAUAAGCGAGGUAGGAGAAAUACUAGUGAGUCUUUGCUAUAACGAGAAUUUGGAACGUCUUACUGUAACUGUCUGCGAGGCAAAAGGUUUAAAAUUACCGGAAGGAUCAACGAUUACAGAUUCAUAUGUAAAACUGCUAUUUAUGAUUGAGAACAAACUUGUGAAAACGAAGAAAACUGCUGUUGUGAAGAAAUCUCUGGAUCCUAAAUACAAUGAAUCAUUCCAUUUUCGACUCCCUCAGAAAUGUCUAAAUUCUGCUAGCGUUAACCUGCAAAUAACUGCUGCUGGUGGGCCAAAUAAAGAUAAAGUAUUGGGACGUGUUGUCUUUGGAUCUUACAUGUUUGUAAAGGGAAAACCUCUGGAACACUGGAAUGAGGCUAUAUCAGCAGGACAUAAGCAAAUCCGUCAUUGGCAGAAAUUAUCCUUGUGACUCCCCUUGAUUAUGUGCCAGUCCCAGUUGUAGUUAAACUACUAGAUGUAGUUCGUCAUAAAUAAAUUAAGAAGUAGCUAGUCUCUAACAUAUUAGAUAUCACAAUCUCAAACGAUUUGUGGAGGCUUAUUUGCAGAAAUUUACUUGUACAUUUUGAGCUCUUUGAGACGUUGAUGAGGAUGAGAAGUUUAAGAUUUUAACUACCACCCGAAGAUCAAGAAAAGUGCCAGAGUAAUCCACAUAUGGUCAUUUAUGUAAAUUUUACACAUUCUGAGACGUGUCACUUGAUUGCAAAUAAGGUAUAUAUUUAUUUACCUUUAAGCUUUCAAAGACAUUGAUGAGAUGGGGAAUUUAAAGACCCAAGUAAUACUUGUGGAGUUUAGGAAACAUAGAAAGACAAGGUUUCAUACGGAAGUCUUUCUUUAAAUUUUGGGAGAACGAAAAUUUUGAGUUUUAACCCGACCGAAGAUUAAAACAAGUGUGAUCUUCGUGUCGGUAAUGUUUACUUGCAGAAUGGGUAAUGUUCAUUCAUGUGAGUGCCAAAGAUCAAGAAAAGUGCCAGAGUAAUCCACAUGUGGUCAUUUAUGUAAAUUUUACGCAUUCAAAGACUGGUUUUCACGUGAUUGUAAAUAAGGGAUAUUUGUACAUUGAGACAUUGAUGAGGAUGAGAAUUUAGAAGCACAAGUGUAGUUGUGGAGUUUAAGAAACAUAGAAAGGCAAGCUUUCCCACGGAAGUAUGCUUAUACCUUUUAAGCUUUUGAAAAACGAAAAUUUUGAGUUUUUUCCCACUCGAAGAUCAAGUUAAUUGCCAGAUUAAUUCACAUAGGGUCAUUUAUGUAAAUUGUACCAGACAGAGACUGAAUUUCACGUGAUUGUAAAUAAGGUGACAUUUUACCGCAAGUAAAUAGCAUUGAUAUACAUAUAGUGGUCGUGUCUCAUAUGUGUUGAAAGUAAGUUAUUUAUCAAUGUGCUGUAUGUGAUGUUUCGUAACUUUGUCAGUCAAUAACGAAUGUUUUUUAAGCUCAGCUAUUGUUCUUGGAGUCAGUUUUAUAAAAGAUACGCCCCCGCUCACAAAUUUCCAUGUACCUCUGCUUUUAUUUUCAAAUACAGUACUUCGGUAUAAUAUAAUGUUCCCGUAGCUGCUGCUUGUAGAACUGUUUCUAAUUAAUUUUGAAUCGACUAUAAGGUGUAAAAAAGAAGGGAAAUAUCAACACAUAGUGCAGCAAACAAAAGUUUUGAUAAAAAUUUUAAUUACUGCAUAUUACAUAAUAAAAAGUACGCAUGAUCUGAGGUUAAUCAUUUGAACCAGUGCAGAAGACCUAAAUAUUAAAAGCGUAUAUGGAAGGUGAUUCAAUGUUAUUGACAUUAUAUUAGGUUUAAAAGUUUGUAAAAAUUAACCAGUAACUAAGAAAAUGUGGUGUAAUAAUCGGUUCUAAAGGGAGUUAUUUUAAUUAAGGAAAUAUUUAAAACAAAAUUCUGUUAUAUAUUCUAAGUUAUGCAGUAAAAUAUGUCUUAUUUUCAGUAGAAUAUUACAUUCGUACAAGAGUUUAUUUCUUCAUGUAGUCUUAGAAAAACAAUUAAGAACAGUGAUUUAUUAAAAUUUACCAACAGUAAUGUAAAAAAAUCAAAUUAAAAAAAUAAUUUUUUGCUGCACUGAAAUUUGAAUAUUUACUUAAGAACAAACAUAAUGUUUCUCAAUAGAUCAAAAAUACUUUCAUGGGUAAAAUAAUACUUCCAUAUGUAACAAAAAAAAUUCCUAGAAUUUGUACCUUCAAAAAAAAAACCGUUACAUAUAGAUUUCAAACGUUUUAAUGUUUUCAGAUUAAAUUUCCUUGCAUACGCUAUAAUAUGUUUUUCAAUUUAACUCAUCAACCAAUCUAUAAUUUUGAAAUAUAUUGAAACUAUUA